UUGGCUCCUGAGAAGAGGAAAUUUCUUUACGCGCGCAUUUGCAAUGUUGCUCCUUCCCCCAUUUUUUUCCCCCCCUCUGCUCUUAGAGCCAAAGAGGAGCUCAUGACCUUGUGAAAAGCUGCUUUUGGACUUGAACCAAGGAAGUUUGAACUUUUAUCCUGUUACUUUUUUCUGGACAGAAUACAUUCAUCUUCCUUCUAACUGUAAUUAGCAAUUACAUCAACCAACCCAACCAAAAUGGAGCUUCAGAAGAUGAACGGACACAGCAAAGACGAUGGGUUUGAUCCAAUCGAUGCCUUGGCCGAGCAGGAGGAGUUUCUCCCACAUAAACCUGGUGCAAAGAAAGAAACCCACUUUACAGAUUUCGAGGGAAAGACUUCGUUUGGCAUGUCCAUCUUUAACCUCAGUAAUGCCAUAAUGGGCAGUGGGAUCCUGGGACUGGCUUAUGCAAUGUCCAACACAGGGAUCUUGCUUUUUAUAAUCCUGUUGGUCUGCAUUGCUCUUCUGUCCGCAUAUUCAAUUCAUCUUCUGCUAAAAAGUGCUGGAGUUGUGGGCAUUCGGGCUUAUGAGCAGCUUGGAAAUCGGGCUUUUGGCCACCCAGGGAAAAUGCUGGCUGCUGUCAUCAUAACAGUACAUAACAUUGGAGCUAUGUCAAGCUAUCUCUUCAUCGUAAAGUCUGAGCUCCCACUGGUUAUUCAAGCUUUCUUCGGUAAACAGGAGAACACGGGAGAGUGGUUCUUGAAUGGAAACUACUUGAUCAUCAUAGUUAGUGUUCUCAUCAUCUUUCCUCUAGCACUCAUGAAACACCUUGGUUACCUUGGCUAUACCAGCGGUUUCUCGCUCUCCUGUAUGGUGUUUUUUCUCAUUUCGGUGAUAUACAAGAAAUUCAACAUCCCAUGUCCACUGGCAGAUGAUCAUCAUAACAAAACUGCUGCUGAGCAUUACAGUGUUGAUUCUACAGCAGAUGGCUUCUGUGAUUCCAAGCUAUUUACCAUGAACCCACAGACGGCAUACACCAUCCCAAUUUUGGCUUUUGCCUUUGUCUGCCACCCAGAAGUGCUACCAAUCUACACUGAGCUCCGAAAUGCCACCAAGAAACGCAUGCAGAAUGUUGCUAACAUCUCCAUCCUGGCCAUGUUUGUCAUGUAUCUGCUGACAGCUCUUUUUGGUUACCUCACUUUUUAUGGCGCUGUGGAGUCAGAGCUGUUACACACCUAUAUUCGCGUGGACCCACUGGAUGUCUUGAUCCUCUGUGUACGCCUGGCUGUGCUUGUAGCUGUAACUCUGACUGUUCCUGUGGUUCUCUUCCCGAUCCGCAAGGCCGUGCUUCAGAUCUUCUUCGCUGACAAGCCUUUCCACUGGGUUAGACACAUUGGCAUUGCCUUUUGUCUCCUGGUCGUGGUCAAUCUUCUUGUUAUCCUGGUGCCCUCCAUCCGUGACAUCUUUGGCAUUAUUGGAGCCACAUCCGCCCCCAGCCUCAUUUUCAUCCUACCCGCAAUUUUCUAUAUCCGAAUUGUUCCUGAAGACCAGGAACCCCUGCGGUCAAGAUCUAAGAUUCAGGCCAUAUGCUUCGCUGCAUUGGGAUUUGUCUUCAUGAUCAUGAGUUUGUCAUUUAUUAUCAUUGACUGGGUGACUGGAGAGAGUCAAAGUGUAGGUGGGCACUAGCUGCUAUAACUGAACAGAGGUACUGCACACAGAACGUCAACCAAAGCCCUCUUUUUCAUUAAAUUAGCCCCAUCUUCUCAUCCAAAGCCAAACUAGAAAGUUUGACUACACAAGAUGAAGGAUAACGUGAAGAGCCUUCGCCUACAUCAAAAAAACAGGAAAGUGUUUUUACAUGUGAUGGAGCAGGCGAUAUGUCCUGUACCGGAGGAGAGAACACAAAUGUAUGAAAAUACAAAGCAAAGUGUUCUGCCUCGAUCAGUCCUGUCACAGCUCAAACUAAGGAUUUUGUUUGGGGUCAUAUAUAGAUUUGCAGCAAAUGCUUUGAAUGAGAAAAAAAGUGGAAAUUCCGUUUUUGGAUGUGGAUAGUUCCUUGGAAUUGCUCAGUCAAUGUCUACAUUUCACAAAUCUACUUCCCUACCAUGUCAGAUUUUACAGAACUUACAUGUAUUACUUUUGUAAGGCAAUAUUUUCUUUGCCUGAGACAUUUGUCAGCUAUGGUUUACUUUUACUUUUAUGACUGACAAAUCUGCCAUUUCCCCAAACUUUACCGUUUCAGCUAAUUAUGGCCUUCGAGGGUUAGUCUGCAGUUCCACACAAACAACUGCUUAUGAUCAAAAACGUUUUCAGUGAAUUUAACAUGGAUUCUAAUCAAUGCGUUUAAUGUGAUAUUUCAUCCAUUUAAAAAAAAUUACUGUCACAAUUAUGGUCAUUGUGAAGUUUCCCAGUGACCUGGCAAAAUACGGUGCAAUUUAUGGGAUUUCUUUUUUGUUUUUUGCUGCUGUUCAUGAAGGUCAAACAGACAGUCAUGUGUGAGAGGUUUGUGAAAACCGAAACAAAGUUUUUAUGUGAGCCUGAACAUCCAUAAUUGAAAACCAAAGAAUCUAUUUAUUAUGUCACAUUGUGAAAGAGUGUUUCUUUUUCUUUCUUUUUUUUAACAUGCUUGGCAAAGACCAGUUAAAGUUGUACAUGAAUUCAUCCAGUGUUAUAAAUGCUGCGUAUGUUUAAUCAGUACCAGAAACUUUUCAUUGUGAUCAAUAAUGGCUUCAAAGUGGACCUGUUAUGCUUUCACUGUUUUUAUCUCAGUCAUAUACAUAACUCUUACAAGGGGUGUGCUCAUCUUAAACAAGUUUGAAGUACUGAGGUUAGCAAGUCCAAGUAAUCCUGAGAGCAGAAAGCUCAGACUUCAGACUGCUCUAAAUGCUCAUUUCCUUAUUUGUGACAGUUUUAGCUGCUGCUGCAUAAGAUCUUUAUUUGCUGUUUGAACCACCUGCUGUUCAAAACCUCUGUUUGCAAAGGACAGUUGGUCAGAAAGAAGUCUGUUGAAAGGACUUUGGGUGCUCUGGACCAUCUGAGGGCUUGCAGUAAAGUCCACUAAGCAUUAUUUCAAAUGAAGCAUGCAAAGCUGUUCUAAUAGACUGAAAUACUCAAAAUACGAAGCACAGUGGGUCCUCUUUAAGCAAGAAUUAGUGAAGUCCUUUUUUUGUUUUUAAAAUGUGACUAAGAGACCUGUUAACAUUGUAAUUCAUCCUGUACAUUUUUAAAUUAAUUUGAAUGUUGUUAACUGUCAAUAA